AUGGCCAGCCGUGUCAAAGGAUGGCUUGAUCGCCGAAAGAGCAUGAGCUCUCUCAAAGCAUCCUCCCAAGCGGCCCCGAACAAUGAUAACCCUUAUGGGGCGGACUACAACAAAUCGGCUCCGAGAAACGCAGGCAUGAAUUCGCAGAGGUAUUCUUCCAUGUCUGUCUCAUCUCGAUACUCAGGGGCUCUUCCCGGGCGCAAUAACCUCGGUCCCAUCGAGGAAGACAACAACGGCGGGUUCCUGCCAUAUCGCCCUCCCCCUCAAAAUCCCGCUCCUCCAGCAGCAUCGCAAUACGACCUGGGAUACGGCCGCCCGGCACCGACACCGGUGCAAUACUCUGCUCCUCCGGUCCCCGUUCAGUACCAGCCUGCCCCAUCUUCGUAUGCUCCCCCAACGCAAAGCUUCAAUCAGCAUCUCGGGCCAAACCAAUACCAGAACCACCCGAUCCCCCCCGGAACCCCCCCGACACCAAACAGUCAACACAACAGCCUGACCAACAUCUACACCAGCGGCAGCAGCAACCCCAGCUCCUACGGCGGAGGCGUGAGCACCCCCGACACCAGAUACAGCAGCGACAGCCUCGGCGCCUCCAACCGCGGCUACAACAACUUCCCCCCACAGCCUCCGCAACAACAACAAGACUCCAAACCACCACCGCCCCGCCCAUUUACCCUCAGGAAACCCCAAUCCCAGCCCCAACCCGUCAACAACCCGCUCCCCAAACCGAGCGACUUCUCCAAGCAGGCCAAAGCUUCUCCCGUCGAGGUCCAGCGGUGCAUCAAGCUCCUCCGCGCCUUGUUCAAGCUCCGGAUGAAGAUCUGGUCCGCGCAGGAGUCCCACUGGUCGACGCACCCAAAGACGAUUGAGAACAUGGCACAGGCGGACGAUUUGCUGAGGGAUAUCCAGAACAUGGUCGGGGACUGGCAGAACAGCAUCGCAAAGGGGCAGAUGUACUGGGACGAGGAGGAGAGGGCGGAGCUGAGCGUGAUUAUGCAGAGCCUGAGUAUGUUGAGGCCGUACGGGAUGGGGGGCGGGCAUGGGUUUAGGCAGCAAUAG